AUGUUACGACCCCGUAUUUCGCUCUCUGUACUCUUACUAGCCUUCUUAUUAUCACCUCUGCAAACUGCAGCUAUCAAAUUCGCUCUUCCAGCAUCCAAAAAUCCUAUUCGAAAGUGUAUAUGGAACGCGGCGCACGAUGGCGCGUUGGUGGUUAUCACUGCCAACCUCGGUCCUGGGGAAAACCAACGAAUUGACGUCGAUGUCGUAGACAGAUCAGAACACCAACAUAUGUAUUUGAGCAAAAAGGGCUUAAAGUCCGAGACGAGGGUUGCGAUCACGGCUCAUGGUGAAGGCGACGUAGGGAUUUGUUUUACAAAUACGUUGGUGGGGAGUGUUAUUUCGGCGGAUCAGGCUAGGGUUAUUGAUUUGGACGUGGACAUUGGCGCAGACGCAGUGGAUUACAAUGCCAUUGCGAACCAAGAGUCGUUGUCAGGGCUGGAAACGGAAAUGCGCAAACUGGAGGCGGUCGUACAGGAAAUUACAGACGAAUUUGGCUAUUUGAAGCGGAGAGAAAUGCGCAUGAGGGACACCAACGAAUCGACGCAGCGUAGGGUGGUGAAUUUUGCAUGGGUGACCAUUGUCGCACUGGUUGCAUUAGGAGCCUGGCAAAUACUGCAUUUGAGGAACUUCUUCAGGCGAAAAUACUUGAUCGAUUAG